AGAUACAACAGUUGUCGUUGGCGUGUCGUCGGUUUCAGAGCGUUUCGAAAAUCCCAAUUUCCAAGUCGCAGUUGGAAAAACAGAGCUGAAAAUUUAGAAAAAACUAUUUAGCGCGCGCGGAAAUUACUUGAAAAUACUGUUUGUGCAAUUUUAGUGACGGAAUAAAUAACUCAAAAGCUAACACCCAAAACCUUUAGCUGCACUUGUGUUCGCACCUUUCGCAAACUAAACGAAAAUAUUCUGAAUUUCUGAAAAAUAAAUCUCAAGGGUGGAAAUGUCGCCGGCAGAUGAUAACUCCUUUGCCACAACGAGUGGCAACAAGAAGGCCACCUACACGCUGAUAUGCAUUAAAAUUGUGGAAUUGUGCCUGCUAAUAUGCUGCCUGGGUUUGAUCGACGAGCCGGCCACCAAUUCCCACCUGCGAGUGUUCAUCACUCCAAGGGUAAUGGCUUUGUGCUAUGUGACCUUUGGAGCCUUGGUCAUCUACACUGCAAUCUAUCUGAUAAUGGCACUCUUUGGUGAUUUGACUCCCUGGCGCACGGCCACCCUGUGGUCCCUGGUCGGCUUCAUUCUGUUUGUUGCCGUCACCGCUCUGCUCUUCCGGGACUGGAGCACCACCAAGGAUCGCAACUACUGGCACCCGAACAUGCAUCGUCUGGACCUUGUGAUGGCCUCUGCCUCCAUUUCCUUGGUCACCUCGCUGGUCUUCUUGCUGGACAUCCUCAUCACCAUUCGCUUUGGCGUUCAUGGAGAUCUGGAAUGACAUGGACGGACCUGGUCAAGAGGAGCAUGGCGUGGACUGUAAUAUUUAUAGCUCCAGCUUAGUUGUAAGGACACACAUACCCCCCCAGUCUCCCAGCUAAUUGUAAUCCCACGAAACGAAAGAAAAAAGAAACAAGAAAAAUCUGAAUUGCCAUCAUCGAAUCGAAAAAUGUACAAAAAAGACGACGUCCGAGGAGGUUUAAAGUUUUCUACGCAUCGCCUGCCCUGUUUUUUUGUUUUUCUUUUUAUUAUUUAGCUUAUAAAGAAAGCAUCACGAACGUUUUAUCUAAACCAAUUAAUAAGUAAGAACCCAACACGAGUAAAAUUUCAACUAUUUAAUGUGCAAAAUGAAAAGCAAACAGAAAUCGAAUAUAUUUUCUUAAUGUUUUA